CUGUUUUUACUGCAUCUAUGAACUGCUUUUAGACGAAACCAUUAUUUUCAUUACACAGUUGUUUGUGUGACUAUUCGAAGGUCUGAAAAUGGAACCAUUUCCUCAUUCCAUGUUCCCCAGAUUUUAUGGUUCGGGUCCCCCUAGGAGAGAGAUGCCAUGUUUUCCUGUAGUUUCAGGCUGGGGAGAAUACAUGCAUAUGCAAGCAGUUGCCAAAAGUCAAAGCAGGGAGAGUUUUGAAUUUGCACCUAUGCAGCAUGUUCAAGGGGAGAUUUGGGAACCCACUGAGCCAGCAUCGAUACCUCUUCUACCACCAGAUUCAGUUUCCAGAAUUCAAUCAUUGGACAGUGAAGAACUCCUAUACCAUGGGCAGUUUAAGUGUGUCACAGAAAAAAAGGGAUACCCUAUGAAAAUUAACUUCACUCAUCAGCUUAGCAACUUCUUUCGUGAUUAUUUUGAUGUUGCUUUUCAUUCAAUGGGAAACCUCCUAGAAGAACAUUUUUAUAUGGGGUCCAAAAGAGUUAUUGGAAAUGCACGAAAGAAGAUGUUGAGUAUGUAUUUCUUUGAAGAGUUUAUGGAUAGAGUCAAGUAUAACAGUUGUCAGUUUUCAUGUUACAGCUCUGCCUCAAAGAAAAUGAGCGUACUUAUGAAUGACUGGCUUUGUGAUAUCCCAGUGGACUUGCUAGCUGAAGAAAUUCAGAGAGAGAUGAAAACACAAGUGAAAGAAAUAUUGUUUACUAAAGCUUCUGCUGGAGGAGCCCUUGCCUGUGUUCCACUCAGAGAUGAUUUUCAGCAAGGCUGUCUCAUCUAUCCGUGCACAGAGGCAAUGAAUGUGCUCAAUUUUAGGAAAGUUGUACUAAAGGCCAGCAAGAAUAAGGCUCCGUAUUUGAGAGUAAAGGACCAGCCAGUGACAUUUGAACUGAAAGGUGCAGUCCGUCAAAUCACUACUGGGAGUCCUGAGGACCAAGUUCUUGUGGGUGUCCGUUCUGAUUAUCUCUCUGGAGUCUGGAAUCUCGGUAGGGGACUGAAACCUGAUCUUCUACAAGUGGUGCAGACAGAGAACAUUGCAACAUGCAUAAAUGUCAGUUCUCACAUACUGGGGGAACUGCUUAUUUGCACUGAAAGUGGAACAUUGUAUCUCUGGAAAGUAGAUGAUGGCUUACAGAAGAUCCGUACAGAACAUGAUAAUCUUUACUUCAGUGAUCAGUCAGCAUGGAGAUGGAGUGAUUUUACAGCACAUCCAAGGGUUGUUACAUAUGCUGAUACCACAGGAGUAGACUUAACCGACAUGCGGACUCCAGAAUCUCAAAGUAAGAUGCUAUUUAAGAUUGGACAAGAAGCCGAUUGCCAAAUAGGAGAGAGAAUAAUGCUGCUGAAGCACUUGACAGAUGUUCAUUCUUACCACCAUCUCAUCACCACCCAGCACUCGUUGUAUAUCAUUGAUGAGCGUUUCCCAGUUAUACCUCUUCUCAAGAAAGACCACAUGCUGAGAUCUCCACCCAUAUUUGCUCAUGUCACUCAAACUACACAGAAGAAUGGGUCUGUUAAGAUGCUGCUGGGGACACAGCGCACUCAAGAGAUCAUGCUACUACAGUACACAGGUAGAAGUGACCUUUCUUGUCAUAUCCUUGGUCCUCCCCGAAAACUCUUCAGCCCACCUGAAUGUCUAGAGCACCUUCCUGUACAACUACCUCACAGGGAAAAAGCUAUUAGUCAAAGAUUACACUCACCUGGCGCAGGACUAAGUGCAGCAUACCAUAAUCAUCAAGGGAAAGAGUCUAUGUAUGUUUUUCAUUUAACUAAUGCGGGUGAUAUCUUCUAUCAGACGCUUGUACGAAAAGAAGUACAGCCCCCAUCAAGACAGUUAAAUGUGCACUCACUUUGCUCAAAUUUUGUAGAGCUUAAUAAGGCUAGUGAUCCUGAAGUAGAUCUACACUGUCAUGAAAACUCUGGAGCUGUUCCAAAGGACGGAUCUGUUUGCUUAGCAGAUUGUGAGGAUGAGAGAGGAAAUACAAAUGAGUUGGAAGUGGUGUUGAAUGACUCAACUAAUGAGUCAUGGAACAGGGAAUUGGAAGGACCCCUUCCAUUCCAAGAAGAGCAGAGAGAUGAAGGAUUGCAGGGGGAAAAUUCUACUCCUGACAGUCAUUGUGUAGAACAGAUGUGUGCAGACAAAAGGAAUGUGCACAGAACACCAGUGAUGAGUAAAGCAGCUCGCAUCAAGUGCAGAAAGUGGUUGAAUUUGUAUACACACAAGCAAAAGACACUUGAAUUAGGUUGUUGGCAAAAAAAAAGUCAUCCUAUAUUGCGCACUAAACACAUAUUUUUUUCUAAAGAUUUCCAGAAAGUAAAUGAAGAAAAUUCAUUCUUUAUUGAUGCUCGGAAAAAAAUGAAAGCAGUAAUGAAGGAGAGCAAAGUAUUCAACCACAGCACUUUUCCACUUUUGGAGCUUGUUAGCAUACCAGAUCCUGUAGAUCCUUCACCUUGGCAUGACGAUCUCAGUGAAAGACUAACAGCAUCUUGGGAGGGAAGAUGGAAUGACUGGUGGGAAGAAAAGCUGGGCCUUAACCGUGGGAAAAAAGUCCGUGCUUUGUGGGAGAAGAGACGGAGGCAAAAGUUAAAGAAGGCACGGAGCAGGCAAAUGCUGUCAGGUAGUUUUACUGGUUCAGCGAGUUAUUCAGAAAUGUCAGAUAUUGGUGACUACUCUGGUCAAUCUGAAGUUGCAGAGGAUUCCUUUUACAGUGAUUGCCCUUUGUACAAGUCUGAUGUUUGUGAACAUUCACCGUCACCUGCUUCGCAAGGCAGUGACAUUUCAAACCUUGAACUUAAAACACCUCCGGUACUGUAUCCUGCAAGAGCAAAAGGUUAUAAAGGUGAUAGAAGCAGAGAAGGGGCAUUGUCACCAUUGCCUGCAGUUUCACUGGGUUAUACUGAUAAAUACUCUAUUCUAAAACAGAAUGAACAAUGUGUGGAUCCUAUCCCUGAUGUUUCUGGAGCCCUUGAGGUGGGUUUUUCUGUACUUGAAAAGCAAACUCCUCAACAGCUUGAGAAGAUGCAGAAGAGCACAGUAUCACAAGAUUGCCUGCAUCCAUUUUCUGAGUCUCAGGCUCAGAUUCUAGCAGGAGAUUCGCCUCCUUCCCAGAUGUCUCAUAGAAAUGAUUCCCCUAGAUGUAAGAGCAAGCGUAUCCGCAGUGCUGCUGUCUGUGAUUCUCAGCAGUCAGAAAACGGCAUGACACAGGUGCCAGAGUCUGUAUGCUCUUCUGCACCCUCAAUAUCCCAGUCUUCUGAGGUGUGCUGUCUGCAAACCACUGGGCCUCAUGCUUCCACCAGCUCCAAGAGUUCACUGCCUUUAUCUCCGUUAUCACACUCAUCAUCUGCUGCUUUGCAAGAUCACUCCCUAAAGUCUCGUCAUUGUUCUUUGCCACAGUUUGCUGAUUUACAAGGGCAGUUCUUGAAUCUGUCAGCUCAGUCUCCAUUGCAGACUGCUUCAGCUAUUUAUCAGUCUAGUACAUCUACAUCACAGAAGAGAUCUUUACUUACACAUAAGAAUACUCAACCCAUCACGUUACACAAGAGUCAUCAGCGUUCCUCUUCAUCACAGUCUUCUGCUUUACUAGGGAGCUCUUUGACAUCCUCUCAUUCUCAGAUUGCUACGAGUACUAGUACACAACAAAACACAGUGACUGUAAAGAGGAAAUUGGUGGACCACCUGUCAGCUCUUGCAGAUGUUCAGAAGCCAGAACAGUUUCAAGAGCAGGAUGAAAGUAUUACUUUCCCUCAGUUGUCCUCUCAAACACUCAGUAGUAGCCUUCUUUCACAGUUGGACUGCAGGACUAGAACACAAAGAUCUGUUCAGUCUUCCUCACAGAGAAGUUCAAUAGCCUCUCAGUCUAAGAAGUCUAGAAUGGGCUUUUAGCUGAAUUUUGUUCUGUAUAUGUUUAAAAAUCUGUACAUAAUGAAGCUUAUGAACAAAGACUUCUAUUCAUAUUAUCAAAAUGGCAACGUUUUGCAGAAUUGUGAUGCUGCAUUAUUUUGAACUGCAUGGAUAAAUUUGGAGGUUGCUAUCUGACAGCAGUGGAACUGAUCAUAGAAAAUGAGUACAACAUUGCGAAGCUGACAUUUGCAAGUCAUUACAGAAAUGGUUGAACUAGGCUUUUAAAACUCGGUGUGAAAAGAAAAGACUGUGAUAAGGCUGAUUUCAUGAAAAAAAUUUAUUUUUAUUGUUUGAAAAAAAAGUGAAAUUAUAGGUACAUGUGUAAUACCCUUUCUUGUCACUUCAUUACAUGUGGGAAAGUUCUGCCAGCGACAGCUCAACAUCUGGCCAAAGCCUUUAUAAUCCUCCCAGUCUCAUGCAUUAGGCAUUUGCUCUUCACACAAGUGUAGGGCAUAAAUGUGACGUACGCACGCUCAGUACUCAAUUUCUUUGCCGGCAGUCCAAAUACCAUGAUUGAACAUCGGUCUGAGCACCUUUCACUUGAGCUGGUUCCUACCAAGUCAUUUACAGAUGAUUGCCCUUUUGGGGUCCCUUCUUUAAUUUUUUUUUCUAUGUAUUUACUGGGAGUUCAUGUCAUCCAUGAGAGGAAAAUGCCUGUGUGGGAGGCAGAGUCCCGUAAAGGUAGACAUGAGACGUGCCAUUCUGCUUAGGUGCUACGCCCAACCAUACCCAUUGUACCAUUUGUCAUUUUUUCCAAAAACUCUGCAACCAUCUAUCUUUAUUGUCCAUCUGCCUGGAGAACCAAAAUCUUAAGCUUCUGACCCAGGGUACCAUAGACAAAUUUCUUGCCCCAAGGUACAGACGUCUGUUAAAAAGAAGACUAAAAAGUUUAUCUGAUUCUAUUGCAGUCCAUCCUCCACUGGAAGUGUCUGUCAAAAUGGAUAAAGACUCCAAAGAGCGUGCAUUGCUGACUCUGGUUUCCUCUACCCCGACCCUAUUGGAGGCUGGCAUGGAGCCAGCCUCUUGUAUAUCAGAGUAUUCCACAAAUUCUAAUUAGAGAAGAGGUACCCUUACAGAGUCUAGGCAGUACUCUGAUCCUCCUAGGUUAGUCAAAGCUGAUGCCCCAUUAAAAAUAAGCAGAACACUAAAAACAUAUCUCCUACUGCUAAAGAUCCUUGUAGAGUGGCAGGAUUUUACCUAAGGUUUGUGCAGUGUUUUGAUGGCACCGAAGCCCCCUCAGGAAUUAUCUGUUUCUAUUCUCUCGUCUUCUACCCAUGCCAAAACUAAUCAGUCUGAUUCCUUGUGUGAGGAGUUGGAUUCAGGAGAUGAUUCCUAGGCCUGUUCCUCAUAAAUCACUUCACCAUUAGACGCUGGGUUAGAGGAAGAGGAUUCUUUGACCUUGAUUCUCCCUUUGAGGAAUUGUCCUUUGGGAACAAGGUAGUUUGCAUGAUGUAACAUUUUAAAUGGGAUUGCACCCAAGUCAGUGACAUCUAAAAGAGGCAUUAUGAGCAGUUACAAAUGGAAUCUCCUAAACCUUCUGCUAUUCCCCCUGUUCUGGCUGCCUUGCUGGACAACGUUUGCAGAUGCUUCUUUGGCUCCUGAUUCUCAGCAUCUGGCCCCCAAGAAGCCUGACCACUUUUAUAAUGUGCAUGAGGCUUUUAAGUACCUUUACAAGUGUCCUUCAGACCCUGCUGUGAUCUCUGCUUCUGCUUAUAAGCCAUCCAAGCUUUUGUCUUCUACCAAACUUCUCAGUUCUGACAAAUACAGUCAAGCUAUGCAGAGGCCGGGUAAAAAUGUUUAUACUUCUAUUACUAUGGCCUUUAGGGUCAUGACUUGUCAUAUCCCUAUGAUUAUGUUCUGACUCUUUUCUCUCAACUUGUGGGGUCUUUUCAGACUUUCCUGACUCUGAAAGCCAGACUGCUGCCUUUUCCUUAUUGAGUUCCACUUUGCAGGUAGCUUGGUACUCUAUCAAAUGUAGUUAAGAUGCAGCUGAUACAUCUUCUAGAGCUGCUGCUUCAGAUUCCGUUAUAAGGAGAUGCUCUUGGCUUCACCUACAAGCUCCUAGGUGUUCCUGUGGACUACCAAAAUCUUUUUGGUACUGCUGCUUUCUGACCUGUUUAAGAAUCUACAAGACAAAGCUAAAGUUGUGCAGGACCGUAAACAAAGUUUUGUUUCUCCUAUCCACAAAUUUCAGAGAAAAUAUCCUUCUAAAUCUGCUUAUGUUCGCAGGCAACCACACAAGCUUCCUAAAGGAAAAAGGAGUUUCUAGGCGCAUAUUUUCUGAUAAACUAAGAAUCAAAAUCCCCCCUUUCAAGGGCAAAUCUGCCUCCAUCUGACAUAUUCCCCCUCCCCCCCGGUCAUGUUGUCUUGUCUCUCGGGCUUUUCCAGUCUCUCCCUGUCUGGCAACAGAUUAUUUCAAACUUUUGGGUGCUUCCCAUUAUCAUCAUGGUUAUUUUAUGAUAUGCAAGUCCCCUUUCCCCCUUCUCAUGACCAACUUCCUCACUUUGCUGUGGUCCUGUAAAAUCUAUUAGAUCGGGUAACAAUCCAUCCCAUUCUGUAAUCCCAGUGGGGAACAGAUUUUUUCCAGGAUGUUUCUGGCUCUCAGAAAAGAGAGGUCAUGGAGGCCUGUCCUAGAUUUAUUCUUUCUCAACAUCUUUCUAAGUAUUCCUUCUUUCAGAAUGCUUUCCUUCCAGACUGUGUUUAUCCUCUGGUCUCUCUAGAUGUAAAGGAUGCCUGUCUUCAUAUCCCCAUUCACCCUCUCUUCAGAAAGUCUUUUUUUUAUAUCUCUCUCUUUCUUCCUCUCAUUUUCAGUUCCCUGCUUUGCUCUUUGGUCUUUCUACAGCUCCAAGGGUAUUCACCAAAUGCAUGGACCCUGUGAUAGCCUUUUGAGGCUUCAGGGAAUCCAGAUAUCAAAUAUCUGGAUUACCUGCUUCUUCAGGCUCCCUCCCAAUCCUGGCUUCUUUGGGUUUACACGUUUUACCAUGCUCCUUCUGCAGAGUUUGGGGUUCACCAUCAAUCUCAAGAAGUCAGUUCUGAUUGCUCCUCAAGCCCACAUUUUUCUGGGUUGCAGAAUCCAAACCAUCUGAAUGUUUUCCUCUCUCCCAUCUCCCAAAGUUCUGUCUCUAACAACAUGUUUCCAGUCUCUGAUCCCUAUUUCUCUCAUUCUUCCAAAAUAAUUUCUCAGAGCCUUGGGGUUCGUGGCAUACACCAUCCCCAUGAUUCCCUUUGCCAAGCUUCAUAUGACAAAGCUUCAGUGGUACCUCAAAGCUGUUUUGCCACCCUGUAGAGUUUCCAGUUCCUCUCCUACCCUGUCUCAAACUAGAGUUUCACUGAUGAAUUUGGCAGAUCUCCCUCAAUGUAGGCCUGCAUUUUCAGACUCCUAUCCCUCCUCAAGAGCUUUUCAUAGGUGCUUCUGAUCAGAGGUGGGGAGCCUCUUCUAACAGUCUGAAGGUUCAGCGUCUCUUGCUCCAUCAGUAGUUAGACCACAUCAGCAUAAAAGAGAUGAGGAUGCUAAUUAUUCCUCUACAAACCUUCCUUCCUCUUUGGACAUCAGGCCCUCUGAAGGUCUUUGCAGACAAUCCCACAGUCAUGUGGUACAACAAACAGACUAUCUGUUCAGACCUGGGACUUUGCUAUCCACCAUCAGAUAACUCUUCAGGUGGUCUGCACAUCCCUUCAGAACACACCCUUGUGGAGGACUGAGCAGGUCCAGGGCACAACCUUAAUAAUGGAUGCUUCACAGAGAGGUGUUUCUGGACAUUGUACAUUGGUAGGGUAGUCCUCAAGUGGAUCUUUGUGACUCCCAUCUGAACAGACAGUUUCCUUUCCUCAUUUCUGUUCCAGAGUCCCAAGUCCUCUGAUUUAGAAGUUCGAUGCUAUGUCCUUUUUUUUGGAAGGAAAUGUUCUUAUAUGCUUAACCUCCUCUUCCUCUGCUUCCUAGGGUCCUGCACAAGACCAUGAAGGACUGCCCCAGAGUCUUGCUGGUGGCUGUCUUUUGGCUCAGACAGCACUGUUUCCCCCCUUCCCUUUUAACUGGGUAGGCGAAAUCAUCACCAGGUACCUCACUGGAUGGAUCUUCACACAAUACAAGGGCUCUGUCAUUCACCCUCACUUGUCAUUUCUUCAUUUGACACUUUGGGUAAUCAGGUUUUGAUUCCCUUUGGACACCACUUUUCUAAGGACAUUUAGGGUUCUGUAGGAGGCCAGGAAACCCACUACCGGAUAAUCCUAAAUGGAAGAGAUUUGCUGUUUGGUGUCUCAAGCUUCACCAUAAUCCCUUCUCAGUGGGGGGCCUGUUUGGUCCUUUUGUGUGUGUGAACUGCUCCAUGCUGGCCUAGCAUAUUCUUCUGUUAAAGCUCACUUGUCAGCAGUCUCUGCUUAUCUGCCCUCAAACCUGCCAUUGGCCUCUCAUUUUGAGGUGAAACAAUUCCUUAAAGGCAUCCUUCAUAUCAGGCCUCCAAGAAAACCGGUUCCUCUCUCUUGUGACUUUAAUUUUGUCCUUAAAAAGAUAACUUAGGCUCCUUUUGUGUUCACUUCUUCUUUCUCCUACUUGCAACAUUGCACUUAGAAGACUUUUUUUUUGUGGUGGCUGUUAUUUCAGCCAAAUGUUUCCAAACUUCAGGCGAGGAUGGAGGGAGAGAGCCUCCCUUUUUUGAUUUUUCUUAGACAAGGCUGUCUGUGGAUACUAAUCCUCCUUUUAUGCCCUAUGGUGAUUAAUGAGUUCCCCCUUAAUCAGUCUAUCCAAAUCCCUCCCUCCUUUCCUCCUCCUUCACAAUCUGCUAGUGAGAAGGUGCUUUAUAUCUUGGAUUUGUAUACAGAUCAGAUGUUAUUUGAAUAAGACAAUGGCUGUCUCAAAAAUCUGAGCAUCUUUUAGUUUCUUCUAAUACCAGGGCAUUGAGUAGUGUGUAAACAAACCAUCUCCUUUUGAAUUUCCUAGGCCAUUUCUUUUUGUAGGUCAUUUCAUGGUAAACCUCUUUCAGCUUCAGUUCAAGCUCAUUCUACAAGAGUAGUAGCUUCUUCUGGAGCUUUCUUCAAGGGUCAAGAUACUAGAGCUACACUAGAAGCUGCUAAUUGGUCCUCUUUCCACACUAUUAUUAAACAUUACAAAUUGGAUGUCAUUUCCAAAGCCAGAGCAAGGAAUGCCAGGGCUAUCCUUCAAGGGUUUGUGAAGGGUUGCUCUAUGCCUUCUUCCCCACAUCCUGUUCAGAAGCUUUGGUAAUCUCCCAUAUGUAGUGAAUAUUGCAGCAGUGAUAAGGAAGGACAUAGUACAGUUGUGCAAGACAUUACCAUAAUAGUGUAUGUCCUACUUUUCACUGUUGCAGUAUUCAAUCUCUCACUCCUGCCUCCUUUUCUCUUUUCUGUUCAGAAAGCUCUGCUGGCCGAAGGGUCUUUUCCUUUCUUGCCCUAUUUCUCUUUCUUCAUCUUCCUUUCAGGAUACAUGACCUUAUUUAUCCUGGUGUCAUUCUACUUCCCCUGGAGCACUUCACUUCUGAGUAUUGAGUGUGCAUAAUCACCUUUAUGCCCUAUGCCUGAGUAGGGAGCAUACUCCUGAUGUAUGACACAGGGAGGAUGUAAAUGGCUUUGUUAUACUGGCCAGAUGUUGGGAUAUCCUUGAUAGGAUAUCCCACGUGUAACGAAUACUGCAACAGUGUAAAGUAGAACAUAUACUGUUAUGGUAAGACCUUGCACAAUUGUACUUUCUUUGCAAUUUUUCACACAGAUGAGAAAUUAAUUAUAUGAUACUGUAUUGCUGCUCUCCUUGGAAUUGAACUUGGUAUCUCUCUAGUUUGUGUGUGUGUGUGUGUGUGUGUGUGUGUGUGUGUGUGUGUGUGUGUGUGUGUGUGUGUAUAUAUAUAUAUAUAUAUAUAUAUAUGUGUGUGUGUGUGUGUGUGUAUGUGUAUGUAAUACAAAUCAGACCUUUUGCAGUAGUGAUGUACAUAAUGGUUGUUUUCUUAAGUAAGAGUUCUUCAUUUAUUUGCUGUCUCUGGCAUAGAGGGUAGGAGCCCUGUCUUUGACUCAGGUGAUACAUAUUUUAAUAACAGCCUGAAUACUGGAAGACCCAGUAAGAUAGAGGAGUGACAAAGCAUUACCUGUUCACUGGACUCUGGGGAAGGGUAGGAGACGUGUAUUUCAUGGUACACAAAAAAUCUGUCAUUUGUCUACUGGGUAGACCAGAGAGAGAUGACAGCAUGUGCUUAAAAGAGGGUCUGUGUGUCUUGGAAGAUACAUCAGUUGCAUCAGUGUUGAAGGGGGGUCACCACGGAAUGUGCUUAUUGCAUAGAAACCCUUGAGCACUUAGAUCUUUAAUGAUAAUCUUCCUUAUGGCUUCCUGCUUGAUAGCCUUCAAGUAGCAAAGCUGUUGCCCUCUAUGGGGAGAAAAUGGACAUAAGCCAAUUUGGUGGAUUGAUUAUCUUCAGGAAAAGUAUGAAGAAAAUGUUUAUUGGAAAGACAUUUUGGAAGUUGAUGUUUUUCUUUAAAUGUUCUUUACUGAAAUCAUUCUUGACAGCCAAAGGUAUAUAUGCACAUUCUGCUCUUGCAUUAUGUAUAUACUAUGAAUGUGAUGUUACAGUAUUCUUAAAUGGCCGGUGUGGUAUUGAAUCAUAACUGUAUAUGAAUUUUUGCACUGAAAAAUCAUAUAAGAUAAAUGUAUCUUGAACAACAAAUCAUUAUGGAAUAAUCCCAAAGGAAAGGCCAUGUAAAAAGUAGUAUUUAUAAUUGGGUCACUGUUCAUGGAAUUAUUGUGCUAUUAAUAUUGACUGUUCAGCAAACAGUGGCUGACCUCUGCAAAAAUAAAAUACACAAGGUACUGUA